AUGAUCGGCUCAACCAGUCCGGGCACUCUGGAGCCUGACUCAUCAGAAGUGCAACACCAUCAGCAACAAGGAGACUUGGUCAUCCAAGGUUUUCGAAACCUGGUCGCCGACUAUAAUACAACAAUCGAAGAGCCCCCUUACCGCCAAACCCAGGAGAUGCCUAUCCAGCUGAUCAACUCGAAAAAAGCUCAUUUGAAGCGUUUGCAGACGGAACUUCUACCUCUGCUACAUCAGCUGUUCAAAAAGAUAUCGGACUUACUUGACCCGAUCGACUUAAGGAACCGGCCAGGUGCCCAACUUAAGCUGCUCCUAGAGGCCCAAUCUAAACUUGAGCACACAUUUGCUCAACUUCAAUCUGCUAGGGGCGUCCUAUCUCGAGGAACGUGCCCGAAAACCGAAUCCAGUGACGCACACCUCGAAGACAUCAAGUCGUAUAGACUAUUCCAGCUGGAUUGCUGCAUUCAUGAUGACUUGUGGCCGACAAUGUGUGUUGCGUUCAAGUAUUGCUCGAAGCUUAUUCAACUGCUGCGACUCUCCUCGGAAAAUUUCCAAGCUGAAUCUCCGACUGAAAUGUGCUUCACUAAAAUAUGCUUGCGGGAUGACUGGCCAAGAUUUCGAGAUCCGACCGACAUAGCCUCUGCAAGAACAGGGGUGGUUAAUGCUACCUCUGAAAUCUUUCGGAUGAUUGAUUUGGCCUUGAGGUUGACAAGAGGAUCUGACUUCUAUGUCCUCCGAUAUCAUUGGCCCACGCAAAUGAACUGGAUCGCUUCCGAGUUGUUCGUGUUCUUCCAGGUGACCAAAGAAAUAGAAACAGUAAUGAAUCAAUGCCCAGCCUUAAUCGAAGCCCACCCAUUGGUAAGCGUGGCUAGAUCAAUCAUUCCGACCUUGAAGCUCUCAAGGGUAUUUUUGAAGAAACUAUCGGGUGAAGAUCCCCGGCCACAAUUCUCAGACCUGACCUCCCGUCAACUGGCUGACCUAGGCGAGUCACCUACAAACUUUGUCAGUCAAAUCGCAAAUUUCGCCCAUAUCUUGGACAUUACUACUUUGGAGGAAGACCAACGAAAAAGCAGUCACCGAUUUUAUCUAGCAACCGAUACAAUCAGGAGAAUUUUCAGUGAUUCUUUGAUCAUCGCAGAACACCUUUUCACGGACGUCACAGAUACCGACGGUAAUCAUCCUUCGAGUUACUUCAAGACCUGUCCCUUCAAGUCGAUCCCCAACAAUACAAACUCAGAUAGCUUAACCAUCCUCACCGGUGUUGCCCUGCCUCGUCAGUUGGAAGUACCGCAAGCCACUUCCCCUAUCCUCAACUUGGUCGCUCCAAAAUGGCAUCCGAUUAAAUCUGAGCUUUUAGGCGUUACUGUCAACCCACAAUGCAUGCAUGACUUCAUCGAUCUCAAAUUGAAAAAGAAAAGUAAAUACAUUAUCUAUGCGAUUUCGGAUGACUCCAAAGAGAUCGUAGUCGAGAAGGUCUCGGAAUCGACAUCCUACGAUACUUUCUUGGAGGAUUUGCCUUCCGGGUCUUGUCGUUAUGCGGUUUACGAUUUCGAAUAUGCCCUCACAGAAACAGAGGGUAAAAGAAACAAGUUGUGCUUCUUUACCUGGUCACCCGAUGAUGCUAAAAUCAAAAACAAGAUGGUCUACGCUGCCUCGAAAAGAGCUCUUCGUGAAGCCUUGGUGGGUAUCGGCUUGGAGAUUCAGGGCACGGAUGCCAGCGAGGUGUCCUACGAUACAGUUUUGGAGAAGGCCCUUAGACGAUAG